CAAGUCAAUGGUAAACCAAAACCACGAACCAUUGAAAAGGUUUUCAAAGGGCGAGUUGUGUUGAGCAUAUUUCUCCUUCUGACUUUUAAUAGGGCGAACAGUGCCCUUUGCCUAACGGUCUAAAAGUUCUUUUCGUUCUGCUUACUUAAUAGGAUGUUUCAGCUAAAGUUAAGCGUCGUUCUGCUCCUCCUGCUCUUCGCAGUCAGAUGUGUUGCAGAGGAAACAACACAAACGAAAGGCUGUGUUUGCGGAUACCCCGGAAUACCAGGAGACCCUGGCCACAACGGAGUGCCUGGCAGAGAUGGGAGAGAUGGCCUUCAAGGUGACAAAGGUGAUAAAGGUGGCAUUGGCCCUGCCGGACCUGUAGGUAUAGAUGGCCACAGGGGAGAAAAAGGAGAACCGGGUAUUAAUGGCCUAGCAGGAGCCAAGGGAAAAAAAGGAGAUGAUGGAGAACGGGGGCCUCCAGGGAAAAUGGGCCCCCAAGGAGUGCAAGGGCCCAUCGGCCCAAAAGGAAAUAAAGGGGAGCUUGGACUACCUGGACCGCUUGGGCCAAAAGGAGAUUUGGGACCUCUUGGACGAGAAGGUCCACAGGGAGACAUUGGACUCCAAGGUGAAAGAGGUAUUCAGGGACCACUGGGACCCCCUGGUAAGCCAGGACCCAAGGGCGAUAUUGGAGUUCCAGGAAGCAAGGGCAAUAUUGGUUACCGUGGAGAAAGAGGGGCUCGAGGUGAGAAGGGCAGUAAAGGUGACAAAGGAGACUCCCCUUUGAUCCCUAAAAGUGCAUUCACUGUGGGACUAACAGCCCAAACUAAACUGCCUGCAACCAAUUCUCCAAUACGCUUUGACAAGAUUAUUUACAACGCACAGAACCACUACGAUCCCCUGACCGGACGAUUUACAUGCUCCGAGGCCGGCGUCUACUACUUCACCUACCACAUCACUGUCUUCUCUAAAAAUGUGAAAGUGGCCCUCAUGAAGAACGGGGCAAAAAUCCUACACACCACUGAUAACUAUCAAAGCAGCGAGGACCAGGCAUCAGGGGGGGCUGUGUUAAACCUAGAAGUGGGAGACAAGGUGUGGCUGCAAGUAGCUGGAGGGGAUCUGUUCAAUGGGCUUUUUGCUGAUGAAGAUGACGACACCACCUUCACUGGAUUCAUCAUCUUUGGAGCUUGAUUUGUGUUAAAAUAGAAUAGAAUAGAAUAGAAUAGAAUAGAAUAGAAUAGAAUAGAAUAGAAUAGAAUAGAAUAGAAUAGAAUAGAAUAGAACCCGAAAAGGGGGAAUUACCUUGCUACCUAGCUCUAUCAAAACCCGCAGAUAGAUCAUGAAUAACACUAAAAAUAUCCAAAAACAUGCUUCAUAGGUUAAUUGGCAACUCUAAAUUGUCCAUAGGUGUGAGUGUGAGAGUGAAUGGGUGUGUGAUUGUGGACAUUCUACCCUGCGACAGACUGGCGACCUGUUCAGGGCGUCCUCUGCCUUCGCCCACAAGUGGCCGGGAUAGGCUCCGGCAGCCCCGUGACCCUGAAAGGGACUAAACGGAAUAGAAAAUGAAUGAAUGAAAUUAAUAACAACAAUAAUUAUUGUCCAGUGUCUAUAAAGCCUUGUGUCAAGUGGUUACAGGUAAUCACAUUGAGUAAUUGUUGUAAAGCAAGCUUAUAUAGUAUGAGCAAUGAAAUCCACUAAGGAUAAAUAUUCUUGUGUUCUACUCAAGAGUGUUGCUUAAUCUAUUGCCUAAACUGUUGAGUAAUGCAAAAUAUUAAAUGUAUUUAGUAAGAUUUACGCAAUUAUUUUAAAAUUAUGCGAAAAACCAAAAAAGUUAACAUAAACAUGAAAAAAAGCACUUUAGUAAAUCAAAAACAGCUACAGUUCUUUUUUUUUUAGUGUAUGAGGCGUUGUAGUGUCUAGCUGAUUCUACAAUGCCUUUUGCUGCAGAAAAAUCUCUGAGUGAGGGGAUCCUCAGUGCACCCAUGGUCUCAUGCAGACGAUGAUGUUGAAGAGGAUUGUCCACGAUAGAUUCCAGUUUUCAUAACAUCCUCCUCUCACGCACCACAGUCAAAGACUCUGAAGGGGACAUCCCAGAGCAGAGCACCAGUUUGUCGAUCCUCUUCCAGUUCCUGUCAGUGCAUCCGCCUCCCAGCAGCUCACUCUGUAGAAGGCAGCAGAAGCUACGACAUUAGAUAGCAUAAAAGAAAAGUCUGUAAAUCAGUACAACAUGCUUGCCUCACUGCAUUGUAAUGUCUUAUAGGAAAAUAAAUGUUAAAUUUACUCGA